AUGGAUGCCGAUGCGGCUCGGGUGAAGAGCACCAGCGUCAAUGCGGGGCGGCCCAUUUUGCAGGCCACCCCCUCGGUUGGGAUGGGUGACUACUAUGCUUCAUCAAUGGAUCGAGUUCGCGAACCCACCGCAUUCGGUUCGCUUCCUGCGCCUCAAGGCUCGUCUGACGGCGGGACGCCGCAUCCCGAGGAGGCACGUCGCCUUUCGGGAGAGGCUCAGGAGCGCCGUGAUACCAUUUUUUCGCCCCAACAUGACUUCGUAAGUCUGAGCGAUGCUUCUGGAAUAAGCUCGCCGGGGUCCUCCACGGUCUCUGAGCUUCCCUUCGAAAAGCAACUGGAGCUCGAUGUAAAGAGGUUAGAGUACUACCAGGGGACGUCAAAGUUUCCUGAACUCCUGAAGGAAUUUAGGGAGAAGUAUCAAAGGUACGACCCCAAUCAGUCUGAGGCGAAGUCGCGGUCAGCCGAGGAUGGUAGUGGUCAUGAAACGAAGGAGCCUGUUGACUACCAACACCUUAGUGCAAAGCUUAAAGCUCAGCUUUCUGCUGGCCCCCACGCGUACCACCCGAUCUCUCUAAUGGAGCAUCAUGGUCUGGUUCGUUUCCAGGGCUAUGCCUUUCCGCCGUCCGUUGAGCUUGGCAAUCUGAAGGAUGGACACGAUAUUGCAAGGCUUCAGGGCUCAUAUAGGAAGAAGGGGGCCUUAGCGUUGUUGCGCCGCUCCUUUAAUGCGUUGGUUGGCCGCCCGGAUAGGAGUGAUGAGUACCUCGCAACCGAUGGCAAUGCAAAGGAGGACACCCACAUCAUAUAUCGAACCUUGGGGCUUGAUGCUGUGCAGCGCCGGCAGAUGCGGUUUAUGCUCUCUGACUUUGACCACUCUGACCGUAAUACUUCGUUUCAUGUGAUGAUGUCUUACCCCUAUGCGGAUUGGUUGCAUGUUUUUUUUAUGGUCUUUGUUGGUUGCUGCUUGUAUCAAUUACAAGUGCGACUUGACGCAUAUGAUUUUUACGACGAAUACCUUGGCUUAGAUCUUCGACAGGUCCCCAGUUUGAAAAAGCCCUUUCUGGUCGUUGUGACGGCAGUUGUUAUGGUCUUCUUCCUUUUUCAGCCACUCCUGGUGGCAAGUAUUGCCACUAAUCGAACCUAUCGGAUUGCUAUGAGGCGUCCCAUUGGACCGCCAUAA